UGAAGAAUUAGAGGAUGACGAAAGUGAAGGUCACCUAAACAAAACAGAAUAAGAAUAGCUUCUUCAAACUUCCAAAAGCUUGCCAUUUUAUUAUAAGCAAGAGCUCACUAAAGUCCUCAAACCCUUUCUUCUUCUUCUUCUUAUUCUUCUUUGUUUGCCUCUGUCUAAGCCAUGAGGAUUCGCAUACGGGUUUUGCUUCCUCUACUGAUUUCUGUCUUUACUUGGACCAUCUUUGCCGAUCAGGGUCCUCGUACGGAGAGAAUUUCAGGAAGUGCUGGUGACGUGUUGGAAGAUAAUCCGAUUGGAAAGUUGAAAGUUUAUGUGUAUGAGCUGCCAAGCAAGUACAACAAGAAAAUUCUUCAAAAGGACCAAAGAUGUCUCAACCACAUGUUUGCUGCCGAGAUCUUCAUGCACAGGUUCCUUCUCUCCAGCCCUGUUAGGACAAUGAAUCCCGACGAAGCUGACUGGUUCUACACUCCCAUCUACACCACUUGUGACCUUACACCCAAUGGCUUGCCCUUGCCAUUCAAGGCUCCACGGAUGAUGAGAAGUGCAGUUCAACUCAUCUCUUCAAACUGGCCUUAUUGGAAUCGAACAGAAGGAGCAGAUCACUUCUUUGUCGUUCCACAUGACUUUGGAGCAUGCUUCCAUUAUCAGGAAGAGAAAGCGAUUGAACGGGGAAUACUUCCAUUACUCCAGCGAGCUACAUUGGUUCAAACAUUCGGGCAAAGGAACCAUGUGUGCUUGAAUGACGGUUCCAUCACAAUUCCUCCAUAUGCUCCACCUCAGAAGAUGCAGGCCCAUUUGAUCCCCCCGUACACCCCACGCUCCAUUUUUGUCUAUUUCCGGGGUUUAUUCUACGAUGUCAACAACGACCCUGAAGGGGGUUACUAUGCUAGGGGAGCAAGAGCAGCCGUGUGGGAGAAUUUCAAGAACAACCCUUUGUUUGACAUCUCAACCGAUCACCCAACUACAUACUACGAAGACAUGCAGCGAUCGGUGUUCUGUUUGUGCCCACUAGGAUGGGCACCGUGGAGUCCGAGGCUUGUGGAGGCAGUGGUGUUUGGAUGCAUCCCUGUGAUCAUAGCGGACGAGAUAGUGUUACCCUUUGCUGAUGCAAUCCCAUGGGAGGAAAUAGGAGUGUUCGUGGCAGAAAAAGAUGUGCCUGAGCUGGAUACGAUGCUGACAUCGAUUCCGCCAGAAGUGAUAUUGAGGAAGCAGAGGCUGCUCGCAAAUCCAUUUAUGAAACGGGCUAUGAUGUUCCCCCAACCUGCACAGCCUGGGGAUGCAUUCCAUCAGAUACUGAAUGGGCUUGCGAGGAAGCUGCCAUAUCCCAACACUGUCUACUUAAAGUCUGCCCAGAAGCUUUUGAACUGGACUGCAGGGCCUGUGGGGGACUUGAAGCCUUGGUAGUAGUUGAUGAGAAGUAAACCCCGUAUACUAUUUUUCGUAAAAAGAAAAAUAUGAUAAUUUUGUAGAGCUUUCUUGGGUUGAGAUGAGAUAAGCCAGUGAAACGCAGAUUAAAUACAGUGAUUGUACGUAUUUUAUCCUUUUGAUUUUAAACAAAUGGAUUUGGAUUUUUGUUUUGAAAAUUGUUGUUGGGUGACAAAUGGCAUUUUCUAAAAGGAAUAUUUUGGCAAAAGAAAGAGUGUGUUGAAUACUCCA